AUGAAGCCGUUCCUCACACAGCCCAAGCGAAAGGCAAGCCCAGAGGCAAGCCCAGAGGCAAGCCCAGAGGCAAGCCCAGAGGCAAGCCCAGAGGCAGAAGCAGGCUCUGCAGAUGGCGAUGAACCCACUGAGAUCAAGCUCGCUCUCCUGGCUUCUCUCCAUCCGGCCUUGGAGCAGGAAACACUCCUCGAUGCUCUUCUGGCGCAUGAGGGGUCCGUCAGCCAGGCAUCGGCCGUGCUGCAAGCGGCUGCCCGGCCAGACGCGAAGAAGGUCGUGGUUGGAUAUCAGCAAUCGCUCAAGAAAUACGCACUGCCUGGUGCCUCGACGUCGCCGACCAGGAAGAAGCUCAAGUCGAAAAGGGGGAGCACGCUGCAUCUGUAUGACCCGGACGACGUGGCCGAGCACACGCCCUGCACCAUUGUGCAUAAUUUCAUGCCGCCGCAGGACGCAGAUGAUCUGUUGCGGGAGCUGCUGCAAGAGGCCGAGUCGUUUGAAAAGAUUACCUUCAAACUGUUUGACAGCGUGGUGUCGAGCCCCCAUACAUCGGGUUUCUUCGUGGAAAGCUACGACGCCAUGCGGGCGCAGAUGGACGAGUAUUUUUACAACGGAUCAAAGCUCACGGAUGUGCGACGCAUCACGCCCCAGCUGACCAAGGUCAAGCCCGUUGUCGAAGAGGCCGUCAACAGAGAAAUCCAACACCGCAUCAAGACACGGUACCCCGGCGGCAAGAAGCUGAAGCAUCAAUCCCCAGAUCGAUGGGCUCCCAACUCGGCCUUUGUCAACUGCUACAACGGCGCCCAGGAGAGUGUCGGCUGGCAUAGCGACCAGCUGACGUACCUGGGCCCGCGAGCCGUCAUCGGAUCCGUCUCGCUCGGGGUCGCGCGCGAGUUCCGAGUCCGCCGGGUGCUGCCCAAGGACGGCGACGCCAAGAGCGCCGAGGGCGGCGACGCCGAGGGCCAAAUCUCGAUCCACCUGCCGCACAACUCGCUGCUCGUCAUGCACGCCGAGAUGCAGGAGGAGUGGAAGCACUGCAUCACGCCGGCGCUGUCCAUCGACCCGCACCCCGUCGCGGGCAACAGGCGCAUCAACAUCACGUACCGCGACUACCGGCGCGCGAUGCACCCCCGGCACACGCCGCGAUGCGCAUGCGAGGUCCCCUGCGUGCUGCGCGUGGUGCAGAAGAAGAGGGACAACUUUGGCAAGUACUUUUGGAUGUGCCACGCAAGCAACGUGCCUGGCAAGAAUGGCUGCUCCUUUUUCCAGUGGGCCGAGUUCGAUGAAGACGGGAAACCCAUGGGGGGCCGGGCGGGCUCGAAACCGCUCUGA